AUGAUUUCCCAGGAUUCAUUGGGGGUCAAUUCCGAGGUGGAGGUCUUUUCGGCCCUUAUCUGUUGGCUAGCUUAUCGUCCGCAGGAAAUGACAAAGCUGAUGCCACACCUGACUGGGUGCGUUAGAUUCACCUUAAUACCACUACCCGUUCUACGAAAACUGUGGGACAUAUCUUCGGUGCCCAGCAGUCCCUCGGAUCCCGACGGUACUCUUUUGGGCGCUUUUCAUUAUGAUCUCGAUAUGCGGUAUAGGAUCAGCAUUUCGAUCACUGUAGCGUCGUUGCGACUUCUGCAUCCCAAUCGUAGCGAAUUUCUCAGAUCCUUGAGGGAUGUUGGUGAGGAGGCUCCAAGGGAGUGGAUGUACGACGAAACGUGUUCCUAUCACUUGCCAUACCCCAAGGGCCCCUAUUGUCAUGUUAUGAAUGGCCAAGCAAUUUUUUCCUAUGUCUCGCAGAGAGCGAACGAGUUUCAGCCAUGGCCAAGGCGUUCAAGGUCCCUCCUGCCAGCUACCAAUGAUCUACAGACCAUCGAGGAGGUACCAGCUGAAUUCGAAUGCAGGGAGUCGGAGGAAGAGGACCAGAACGAAAAUUUCUUGAUCGAGUUGCGAGCUCUGUUCCUUAAAUUGGAUCUAUUUCUGCCCCACGAAGGGGAUCCUCAGCCUUACGAACCGGAAGCAAUAACAUCCGAGGACGAGAAUUAUCUCUAUGAGACCUAUGUGCAGGAAACGGAUCGCCAGAUCAGAGGGAUAUUAAAGGAACUUGACCAGAAUGUAAUGCCCCAGCUCAGUUUAUAG